CUGGGAGUAUGGCGGCGCCAGCGACGCUUGCUGCUGCUGUUCGGCCGGAGACCACUGCUCAGGUUUUCACGUGAAAACGCGAUGAAUAAGCACGCGAACGGAGGACUCGACAACGAAGAGCUCGCCAACUGUGACCGAGCAGAGAGCACCGGGAGACGGGGUUGUUUGCCACCAGUCUCCGGCCGGCCGAGCUCCUGCAACUUCCCUCCGCCUCCUCGAUUCAAGGGUCCGGGUACCAAAUGGGGAGAAGAAGCUGGACACGGAAGUUUGAAACAGACACAUAGCUGUGAUUUCUGGAAAGGGCCCAGUUGCACGGUGUAAAAGAGAGGGGAACAAAAACAUGUUUUUUUUUUAUUUUUAUUUUUUAAGGGAACUUGUCUGAAGUUGCGAGUGCAAAAACCAACUGUUGACUGCUGCAUGAGCGUCUGGGACUCGAACCAGCAGCUUAGCUUUCAUGGCUAUCUUCAACAUUAGCUGGAGAUUGCUGUCCCACGCCUUACUCUGUCAUCUAAAGCACACAUACUCCAUUAAUGCAUGAUAAGCAGGGACAUACCGGCGUAAUACGGAUCUACGCAGGUAGCCAGCAUCACCCGUUCACCCAGAAAGGACAGUCUGAGUCAGGAAAGGGGCUCUUGUCUUCUCCUGAUCCUCUUCUUGCCUGGCAGCCAUCCAUUGGAAGGUGAGCAACUUAGUCCGGCUUGGAGAGUCCCGGCUGCAGCCUGGCACCCUGCCCUUAUGGGGCAGCAGCCGGGAAAGUUUCCAGGGGACCAAAGGAGACCCAGUCUGCCAGCCUUCAUUAAGGGGGGAAAGAGGGAAUCUUCGCGCCAUGUGAGUCAGCCCUGCAAUGUUUUUGACAAACACGAUCCCUCUGGAUCAUUAAGGAUUCAUCCCACCCUGGCCAUGACGUGUUGCACCUCCUCCCCUCAGGAAGAAGAAGCUCUCCAGAGACCAGAGUUUGAGGGUCAGGGUCUGACUGAAGCAGCUCGCUGGAACUCCAAAGAGAACCUGUUGGCAGGACCCAGCGAGAAUGACCCCAAUCUGUUUGUUGCACUAUAUGAUUUUGUCGCCAGCGGUGACAACACACUAAGCAUUACAAAAGGAGAGAAGCUGCGUGUGCUGGGUUACAAUCACAACGGUGAAUGGUGCGAGGCACAGAGCAAGAAUGGCCAAGGUUGGGUGCCGUCCAACUACAUCACCCCGGUCAAUAGCCUGGAGAAGCACAGCUGGUACCAUGGGCCUGUUUCACGCAACGCGGCAGAGUACCUGCUCAGCUCGGGCAUCAACGGGAGCUUUCUGGUCCGAGAGAGCGAGAGCAGCCCCGGACAGAGAUCCAUCUCUUUGCGCUAUGAAGGCAGAGUCUACCAUUACAGGAUUAACACUGCAUCUGACGGCAAGCUGUACGUCUCAUCAGAGAGCCGUUUCAACACACUGGCAGAGCUGGUCCACCACCACUCCACUGUGUCGGAUGGCCUCAUCACCACGCUGCACUACCCUGCGCCGAAGCGCAACAAGCCCACCAUCUAUGGAGUUUCCCCCAACUAUGACAAGUGGGAGAUGGAGCGCACUGACAUUACCAUGAAACACAAGCUGGGAGGGGGCCAGUAUGGGGAGGUGUAUGAAGGUGUCUGGAAGAAGUACAAUCUCACCGUGGCUGUCAAGACACUAAAGGAGGACACAAUGGAGGUGGAGGAGUUUCUAAAGGAAGCUGCCGUUAUGAAAGAGAUCAAACACCCCAACCUGGUGCAACUGUUGGGUGUGUGCACACGAGAGCCACCGUUCUACAUCAUCACAGAGUUCAUGACCCACGGUAACCUGCUGGACUACCUGAGGGAGUGCAACAGAGAGGAGGUCAACGCUGUGGUGCUGCUGUACAUGGCCACACAGAUCUCCUCUGCCAUGGAGUACCUUGAGAAAAAAAAUUUCAUACACAGGGACUUGGCAGCCCGGAACUGUUUGGUUGGGGAGAACCACCUGGUAAAGGUUGCAGACUUUGGCCUGAGUAGACUGAUGACCGGAGACACGUACACGGCUCAUGCUGGGGCCAAGUUCCCCAUCAAGUGGACGGCCCCAGAGAGUCUGGCCUACAACAAGUUCUCUAUAAAGUCUGACGUCUGGGCCUUUGGUGUGCUGCUGUGGGAGAUUGCAACCUAUGGGAUGUCUCCUUACCCUGGCAUUGACCUGUCCCAGGUGUAUGAGCUACUGGAAAGAGACUACCGUAUGGACCGACCAGAGGGCUGUCCGGAGAAAGUCUACGAGCUCAUGACAGCCUGUUGGAGGUGGAACCCCGCAGAACGCCCGUCUUUUGCUGAAACACACCAAGCGUUCGAGACCAUGUUCCAGGAAUCCAGCAUCUCUGAUGAGGUGGAGAAGGAGUUGGGGAAGAAGGGGAAGAAAGGAACAUUACCAUCCAUCCAACAAGCUCCAGAGCUGCCCACAAAGACCAGAACUCUCCGGAAACACAUGGAAAACCGGGAUGGGGACAGUCCAGACCCAGUGGACCCAGAAGUGGCUGUGUCAUCACCAAUGCUUCCAAGGAAAGAGCGCCUGGAUAACAACCUAAAUGAGGACGACCGCUUGAUACCCAAAGACAAGGACAAGUCACGGGGAAGUGGAUUUCUCAGCCUCAUCAAGAAAAAGAAAAAGAACGCCCCGGCUCCUCCCCAACGCAGCUCCUCUUUCAGAGACCCAGACAGAAGAGUUGUAACUCCAGAUCCUCGAGACAGUGACACUUUUAAUAACGGUGCGUCUUUGUCCUGUAAUGAUACCACGCAUGGCCCUGAAUCCUCAAAGUUCUUGGGGAUGAACAACAACGGGGCAGCAGGUAUUAGCUGUGGGGCUCCAAACUACCCAGGACCUUUGUUCCCUCGAAAGAAAGGAGCUCCAGCAGUGCCGGGUCCAGGAGGCAAGGCAGCUACAACACCACCUAGUGAGGAAGAAUCCUUUUCCGAUUCAAAGCGUUUCCUCUGGUCCUCUAUGUCCAAUGGCAGAGAUGGCACUGAGUGGAAAUCUGUCACGCUGCCGAGAGAUAUGGGCCAACGGCAUUUUGAUUCAAGCACCUUAGGGGGCAAGCCUGCUUUGCCACGAAAGAAGACCAAUGAGCAGAAAGGGGAGAAUACCUUUCGAAUGGGAACCCUGACCCCCCCGCCACGUCUAAACACAUCCCCAGAUAUUUCCUCUGCCUUCCUGGGUAAAGAUACAGACCCCACGUUUAGCUCGAGUCCACAAGUGCUGACCACUAAGGUGGCCAAAGGAGCAGGUGUGCUAGGGCAGGAAAACUUCAGGACCAAUGCUCUACAUGCUGAGCUUCUUAAGUUCCCUGCUUUGGGGGCAGCUGGAGAAGAGUGCAGGGCCCGCAGAAACAAGCACACUGUAGACCCCUUACCCGCCAGGGACAGAGUAAAGUUACAGAAACCCAAGCCAGCCCCGCCUCCGCCCCCCACCAAUACCAGAGGCAGCAAGAUCUCCCGUAGCCCCACUCAAGAACUCCCGUCCCCUUCGUCUUCUCCCUCCUCUUCCCCCUCAGACAUUAAAUCCAAGUACCUUCCUUCCAUCCCAGACCCACACCACACAGGCCCUCUCAGUGACCGUUCACCCAUCAGCGAGAGCUCCAAAAAGCUGCCCCUAGGUUCCACCUCUAAACCUCAACCGUUAAAAACCUCUUCAACUUUGGUGAACACCUCCCCCACCACCCUGAGCCUCGGAGGCUUGUCUUCCUCUCUCAGCUCCCCCGGCGAUCAAAGCUCCACUGCGUUCACCCCUCUAGUGAACACCCGACGAUCUCUUCGCAAGACUGCACCCCGACAGGCCUCCGAGCGCACCCCAAACUCAGCCGUGACCCGCGAGAUGGUGCUGGAGGGAACCGAGCGGCUCCGGGCGGCCAUCUCCCGCAAUUCGGAGCAGACGGGUAGCCACAGCGCCGUGCUGGAGGCCGGCAAGAAUCUGUCAAAGUACUGCAUGAGCUAUGUUGACUCCAUCCAGCAAAUGAGGAACAAGUUUGCCUUUCGAGAGGCCAUCAACAAGCUAGACAAGAACUUGUGUGACCUGCAAAUCUGCCCUGCUGCCACAGGGGGCUCCAACAUGCAGCAGGACUUCAGCAAGCUGCUGUCCUCUGUCAAAGAGAUCAGCGACAUUGUUCAGAGGUAGCCCCAUGAAAUCAUUCACUACUUAGACUGGAAACUGUGUAUGCUACAGUAUCUCUUCUGUCUGAACGUCUGAAUGACAGCAGCAGUGCAAGUUCACUCUUCACUACGCCCUGCCUUACUUUUAGCCUGUGGUUACAAUUGAUGAAAUCUUAAGGAAACCAUACGUGGAUGUCGUCACACAGCCUUAACUAUGAAUGCACAUUGUCAUUUAGCCUUAAUACAAGGCUAGGGGCCAAUUCUUUGACAUGAAUCAUUUUUUGGAUCAGUGUCUUACAUAUUAUUUUGUCGUUUCUCCCUUUAUGACCGAAAAUAACAUAUAAGCCUGUGAUAUUUGUCUCCCUCACUGAUGGUGUGUUUUCAUCGAUGCUGCGACAAUGAGCAAAAACAAACACUUAAAACUCGUUUUCCAGGGCACCUUACAACACUAUUGCAUCGAGUUAUUGGUGACUGGUUGUGUGCCGAAAGAAAAAAAAAAAAAUAGUAUUAGUGUAUGUUUUGUAUGGAUGCUUUUUGCAGUAUUUGCAACCAUGUGCGGUAAAGCGGCAUUGUGAGCUGGCAUUACUGGCACCAUGAGCCUCCAGCCUUCAUCUUCUCAUUUCUCUGCUCACUUUAACACAUGGUGCAUUAAACACUAUUAGCAGGGCUGUUUCAUUCUUCAUUCAACAUUGACAUGCAGAAGUUUGGCUUUUGAUAAAUCGUGCCAAGUGGUUGAGAAUAGCUUUGUUUUUGUUCAUUGGAUAUAAAUGUUUACCAUACCAAAAACUUUUGUCUGCAGCCUGUACUGGAUGGGGACCAGGGUGCAUGAUCCACAACUCAGUGGAUCUGUUUUGUAUUGUCCUCAGACUGGACCUUUUUAUAUAAAUAUAUAUAUACGUGUGUGUCUACAUGAGUUUGAUUUAACUUUCUAUUUGCCAGUCAAAAAAGCCAUUAGUAGCAACUUGGCCUCGUAUGCUGUUUGAUCAUUUCAAAGGGCUUUUCAACUGACUCAGCGUUUCUCCAGCAGGUCUUUCUUCCUGAGAAUGGCAGUAUGAUUCCACAUUGUCUAAAUGCUGUUUCAGAGGCUCUUCCACCCCAGAAAGAAAAAACAAUAUCCUGGGGGAAACACUGGACUGAAGCGUUUGUCACUUGCUGUGCCACAAAAUGAUUUGUAACAGAGGGUGACAAGUACAGAUAAAAGAGAAAAAAACAAUCUUUAGCUUAUCUAGUUUCUAAAUCUUGGACAUUUCAGCCUUUGUGCAGUCAGUGUCACCCCACGUGGCGUCUGAAUGCGAUGCAAGAGGACAAGUCAGCGCUACCUGCCUUGACUUCAAUAUGGUACUGCUAUUGUUGCCUUCUUCCAUUCCUUCUACCAAACAUACCACUACUUUACUCAUUUGUCUAAGCCUCAAUCACCAAUUUUGUAGACAAACUCUGCUUUCAUUUGUAAAUGUUUUUUUGUGUGUGCGUCUUUCUAACCUGGGUGCAAUCUUUGUUGCAAUAAAAUUCAAAGCAGUUGCCUUACUUGAACUCCA